UGUAGCUUUAGGCAUAUCUGCGUCCAGAAACAGCUCAAGGAAUUUUUGUUAACUUCAAGAGAUUGCUGGAGUUCAACCAGGGCAAACUACCAUUUGCUGCUGCUCAAAUCGGUCUAGGUUUCCGCAAUGAAAUCUCUCCAAGACAAGGGCUGAUUCGAGUUAGAGAGUUCACCAUGUGUGAAAUUGAGCAUUUUGUUGACCCGAGCGAUAAGAGCUUUGCGAAGUUCAAAAAGCUUACUGCCGAGAAGAAGCUACCCGAACCAAAAUCAGUUAAUGUUGUGGAGGCAGUGCCCAAUAUGGCUGUGUUAGGAAAGGAGUUCAAGAAGGAUGCUAAAAGGGUACAAAUUGCGCUUGCUCAACUCCCUGAAGAUCAGGUCGUAGCUUUGGAGAAAGAGCUGCAAACUAGCGGCUCAUACAACUUGGUAGUGGACUCCGACAAGUUCAAGUUGACAUCUGCUAUGGUGAACGUGAAACGGGCUACGAAAAUG